AUGCCAUCAGUUCAACCUACAGCUCUAGCAGCACCAUCUGUUGACCUGGCCGCAAAGGUAGCAAGAAAGCAAGUGCCACCAACCUUUGAAGGGAAAGCUUAUCCAAUGGUGGUAGAUGAUUGGUUAAGGUCGGUUGAGGCUAUCUUUGAUCAUAUGGAGUUGAAUGAUCGCCAAAGGGUUUCUUGCACAAUUUAUUUACUUAAGAUGGAUGCACAGAUUUGGUGGGAUGUGAUUAAAAAGACUUGUGAUCUGAAUACCAUGACUUGGGCAGAGUUCAUCCAGGCUUUCAGUAAGAAGUAUUACAAUCCUACUGUGUUAGCAACUAAGGUUGAUGAGUUUGUAACUUUGGUACAGGGAAACCUAUAUGUCACUCAUUAUGCACAGAAGUUCAAUCGAUUGGCUAAAUUUGCUCUUGAAGUGGUGCCAACUAAUGCAUUGCGAGUCCAAAGGUUUGUGAGGGGACUCAGGCCGAUGAUUGCCAAGGAUGUUAUGAUGACCAGUGUUGAAGUGGUCAGUUAUGUAGAAGUACUGGAUAAAGCUCUUGAAGGUGAGUAUUUGGAAGAACGGAUAUGGAAGGAUAAUGCCGCCAGAAGAGAUAACUAUCGAAACAAGGGCUUCCGCUAG